AUGAAUCUCUCAAAUUCCAUAAAUCACGAUUUAUAAUUGACUUCAAAAGAUCCUAAUUUAAGAUAACUUUUAAUAAAAACUAAACAAAAAUUACAAAGUGAAAUCAGACAAGCGUGCCCUUAAUAAUUUGAAAAUGAAAUAAAUUAUUAUGAGAAAUAUUGCUUAGAUGAACAAGUAGUUAUAAAUAGAAUAGAAUUAAAUCCUCCUAAAUAAAAAUAAAUUUUAAUGAGGGGAUUUUAUAAUAAAUUUUUGCCAUCAAUUCAAGCUGUUGACAAUAAAGACAAACCAAAAUAUAUUAAAUACCAUCAAUUAAAGAUAUAAAAAUAAUGCUCAGUAAAUAAUUUUUAUAUCAUAGAAAAUACAAAGAAUAAACAAACAUGAAACUGAAGAAGCAAUACCCUUAGAAAUGAUAAUUAAUUUAAUAUUAAUAAUUGUUAAUAAUAAGUUAUACAUUUAAUUUCCUUCUCAAAGUAGAUUAUUACUUAAACAUCAUCAUGUCCAUAGGUAAUAGGUAAUGCAAAAAUAAAUAAAUACAGUUAGACCCUUUUGGUCCAUAAAGGAUUAAAAAAUACCCAACAUUUUAUAAAAAUAAGUAAUUUCUUUUUUAAAUAAGUUAGUUAAAAUUUAAGACUUCAAACCAUUAUUAAUGCUCUAGCAAUUAUAUAAAAAAGGAAGAAUGCAAAAUGGACACUUCUUGUGUAAGCAAAUAGAUUACUUUAUUUUUCUAUAAUCCUUUUUCCAGGACAUCAAUGA